AUGUCGGACAGUACAAAUACCAAUUCUAGUGCUAAUGAAGAGAAACUAGUGGCCAGCAAACUCGAAAAGGAUAAGGGUAAUGAAUUUUUCAAAGCUGGAAACAUAUCAGAAGCUUUGUUUCGUCGUGCACAAGCGUACAUUUCCGAUGGCAAUACAACAAGAGCAAAACAAGAUCUGGAAAAAUUGACGGAAAAAAAUCCAGAUGUUAAACGUGAAUGGCAACGUCUUAAACAAAAGGAUAGGGAGCAAGAUCAAAAACAACGUAGAGAACUAGCUGGGAUGUUUGAUCGAAUGAAAAAACUUGAUGAAAAAGAGGAAACAGAAAAGGCUAAAAAGAAGGCUGCAAACGAGUCCACCAAUGAACCAAAAAUCUCUGAAAUUAUAGAAGAACCACCAAAGAUUUCCGAAAUUGUAGAGGAUGAAGCUAAAAUUUCCGAAAUUGAAUAG